AUGGCAAUUUUGGAACACCAAGAGUUGGGAACUGGCAAUGCCAGUGUUUCUCAAAUUGAAACGCAUUCUGCCGGAAAAGGUGGUUCCUACAGUUCACACGGGGUCGAAACAAACAAGAAGGCCGUUGCUCCGGUGGUCCCUUACUGGUUCCCUGGCAUUUUUCAUCUGAUCCCGUUCUUAUGGGAUAAUGUCCGGUUCCUUCUGGUUACGAUCCAACAAUAUGGAUGGGAAAAGCCCCUCACUGUAAAAGCCGCGAGUAUGCGUUUGGCUGUGGUCGUGAACCCACCAGAUGUCGUGGCGGUUUUCAAAAAUUCGAGAUUCCUAUCUACGAGGUUUGUCAUUGAAAGGGUUCAAGCAUAUCUUCUUGGUAUUCCAGACGCAGUCAUGCCCUUCUAUGAAGCUGAUGACUCUGGCAUGGCUGCUGAACCUCGAAAGGGCAGCAACGUGGCACCAGAGGACAGAAUUCUCUUCCACCAGGCCAGUACCCACCACAAAUACUUGGCAUCCCCGUAUCUAGAUCCGCUGGUGGAAGUUUUCAAGGAAAAAUUACAUUCUGCCGUCGAGGCACACGGCAUUGGAGAACAGUGGGUCGAGUACCCCGACCUGUUCGCCUGGCUACAGCCUACCAUUAUCGAAGCUAACAUUGAGACCAUGAUGGGCUCAAAGCUCCGGGAACUCAACCCCAACUUCAUAGAAGAUUUCUGCGUUGCCAAAAUGAGUGUUCCGAUCUUUCUGAAAGGAUGGCCUCGUUGGUUAGCUCCGAAUGCGUUCAAAGCUCGAGAUCGCGUAAGAGCUGCUCUGGAAAAAUGGCACUUAUACGCAAACGCUAAUGGUGACUACACCACGACUGACGAAAAUGACCCUGACUGGGAGCCUAUCUGGGGAAGUAAGUGUGAGAAGUUCAGACAGCAGUAUAUGAACAACACCCAAGCUCUCGGCCCCUAUGAACGGGCUUGCGAGGACUGGGGCUUCCUGAUCGGGUUGAACUACAAUACACCUCCCACCAUGUUUUGGUAUCUCUAUGAGGCUCUGAGAGACCCAGCGCUCCAUGCGCGAAUGAUGGAUGAGGUUGCUGCCUGCCGCAACCACGGUGGGUGGCACAGUAUUCCUGACUUGGCAAGUCAGCCACUGCUGGAAUCAGCGUAUGCUGAGGUUUUACGUCUCCGUAUUUCCAUAGUGAUGGGCCGCACAGUAGAACAUGGGGAUAUCAAAGUUGGCGGUUACAGGGUGCCUCGUGGCGACGUAGUGCUGAUGCCUACGGACUCAAUGCACUUUAACAAAGAGGCCUGGACUCGUGCAGGAGGGUCAACUGAGAAGCCGCUUAAUGAGUUUGAUGCAGAAAGGUUCUUGGUACCGUCCGAGACUGGCAAGCCUUUAUUUUCUACGGAUCGACUGGCCGGUCUUUGGAUUCCAUAUGGCGGUGGAGAUCGCAUGUGCCCAGGGCGCCAUUUGGUCAAGCUGGAGAUGCUUAUCAUCUAUGCGUAUCUUUUCACGGCGUAUGAGAUCGAAGUAAACGAAACGGACAUGGGAAAGAUAAAACCGAACACGGGUUACGUGUCAUUUGGUGCACUGCCACCAAACCGCGCCCUGCGCUUCAGAAUCAGGAGGAAGCAAACCGUGUGA